GAUAUGGUACGUAUGUUCAGCUUCAUGCUUAAACGCCUAAGCAUAAAUAACUUAUUGCAAAUACGAAUUCAAGAAAGGGUGCAACUUUUUGGAGGGCCGUUGGACUUUUCAUACAGUUUGAUGCAGUUUCACUUUCACUGGGGCCCAAAUGACACCGUUGGAUCAGAGCACUCGUUCGCACGCACUCAUUUUCCAUUGGAGGUACUUUUGUCGAUCGAAUCUUGCGCAUUUCGUGUUCCGGAACGAAAUCAAAGUGGAACAGUCGCCGGAGCACUCUUCGGUAGCUUUCAUAGGUAUGUGUGCGAACGCACAACUUUACCAUCCCCGAUCAAACUGGACGAUCUCUUGCCAAAGAAUCGCAAUUCCUACUUUUACUACUCCGGAUCACUGACCACACCACCCUGCUCAGAAGUUGUUGAAUGGAUAGUUUUGAACCAUCCAUCGAAUGUUACAGAAGAGCAGGUAUAUCCCAUUUGA